AGGUAACCUAUUUGCAUGAGACCUGCACUGGCGUUUGAUAAACAAUUUCUAUUCCAGUGGUCCCCAGAUAAAUCAUCAGUCUUUGGAAGUUCUGCAGAAGAUGGUAUCCUGAACAUCUGGGAUCAUGAAAAGAUUGGUAAGAUGGAGGACUCUGCUGGUAGAAAAGCUUCAACAUCUCCUCCUGGCUUAUUUUUUCGUCACGCUGGACAUAGGGAUAAGGUGGUUGACUUCCACUGGAAUGCAGCAGAUCCAUGGACCAUUGUUAGUGUCUCAGAUGAUGGUGAAAGUACUGGCGGAGGCGGUACAUUACAGAUAUGGCGAAUGAUUGAUCUCAUUUACAGACCCGAAGAUGAGGUUCUCAAUGAACUAGAGAAGUUCAAGUCUCACCUGCUCACUUGUUCUUAGUAUCUUCACGUAGGCGAAGGCGCUGCUGUUGCAACCAUGUUAACGAAAAAAACUAACGCCAACCUAUGAAUUUGCUGAGUCGCUCAAAUGGCUAGGUUUUGUUAAUUAUGUAUUGAAUCCUUAAUUAUAUCUGCUCAUUGACUUAAAGAUUAUGACACACCUCCUUUGUAUGGAAAGCUGAGUGACUUCUGGUAAUGUUGAUAAGACACCCAUUCCAAAACUGGAAUACUCCACUCUGGUGUUUGGUUUUUGAGAAAAAGAAUUUCCAUGGUC